UCAGAGGCCAUUUUAACUUGGAAAGCUUGGGUUGGGACGCUAAAUAAAACCGCAUAUCGUUGACUCUUCGUUGACCACUCGUAUGAUAGUAAAUGCAUCGUAUAUUACAAUUUCAACAAGAAAUUACACGAUUGUGAAAAAUAACUUUCUGGGCAUUCAUAGUAUUACAGGCUAUGGUAGCAAAAAGGAGAAGAAAAGAUAUCCCCAUAUAUACAUACACAUAUAUAUGUGUGUAUGUAUGUAUGUAUGUAUGCAGCUCUAACCGUGCAGUAAAAUAAGGAAGUGGGCAUUCAAACAAUUAAACUAGGUUAAAUUUGGUGGCCAUAAUCAUUAAAACCACUGUAUGGAGAGGGGGAGGAGAAAGAGGCAAACUCAGGCCACUGGUGAGAAAAGCUCAGGAACCUGAAAUGAAGGCAGACCAGACCUCUUAAGAGAGAAAGGGGGAUUAAAAAUAGAAGUACAUAUAAGGAAAAGGGAAAAGGAGGAGGAGAAACAAAAGGGGAAAGAUGGAGAAAGGGACAAGCUUUGUGGUAAGGAACAACACAACAGUAGAAUGGGUGUGCGAAGAAUGGAUGGGAACAUCAUCAAUAUGGAUUACCCGUGGAGACGACCCCACCAAAUUCGCCAUUCCUCUCCUCCUCCUUCAGAUCUCCUUCGUCUCCUCCUUCUCUUCCUUCCUUCAGUAUCUUCUCCGACCUUUCGGGAACUUUGCCUUUCUAACUCAGACUCUGGGUGGGAUCUUACUAGGGCCAUCUGGGUUGGCGAGGAACAAGCAGUUCGAGUCGAAGGUUUACUACACGAGAAGCCUCUUCAUCAUCGAGAACUACGAGGAGAUAUGCUUCCUGUUCAUAUCAUUCGUCACGACGGCUCAGCUAGACACGGGGAUGAUAAAGAGAGGAGGGAAGCUGGCCUUCAUCAAUGGCAUCUGUCUCUUUAUGCUGUCGUUUACAGCUGCAAAUAUCACGGCAUACAUGGCGGCAAACGUGAUAGGAGUCAGAGUGGCGAAACUGACAGCAAAGGGAAUACACAGAAUGCUGGUUGUGGAGUCGACAUUGUACUUCCAGGGGGCUUACACUGUCCUGUCGGAUCUCAAGAUGUUGAACACUGAGCCUGGCCGCUUAGCUCUUUCCUCCAUGAUGGUUCACAACUGCUUCGCCUGGGCCUUUUACAUGUUCCUCCUUUCCUUGAAUUCUAUCAAGCGUUCCAUCGAUUUCGAUUAUAACGUCCCGAUCCUUUGGUUGGUGAUCCCCAAGAUAGCGAUGAUAGUGGGGAUAGUAUGGGGGUGUCGGCCAAUACUGGAAUGGAUGGCGAGGAAAACACCAGAAGGACAGAUGAUAAAGGGGACGUACGUGUGCAUGAUAGUGCUGAUGUUACUCGUUUCAACGCUGUGGGCGGAAUACGUAGGGCUUCCGUUCUUCAUAGGAUCAGUGGUGAUGGGUCUUUCCACUCCGAAAAGGCCUGUUCUUGCCUCUGUCCUCUCCGACAAGAUCGGCUGUUUCGUAUGGGCUGUCCUCAUGCCUUGUAACACCAUCGGCAUCGGUCAAAAGGUCGAUUUCUCCUCUUUCUCGACUAGAGAGGCUUUGGUCACGGAGCUGAUGCUAAUGAUAAUCCGUACCGCCAAGUUUUUAGCCAUUGUGGGUCCUUCCUUUUACCACAAAGUUCCUUUGCCGCAUGCCGUCAUCGCUGGCUUUAUCGUCAACAUCCAAGGCAUCUACGACGUCCAGAUCUACAAACAGAACUUGAAUUACAAGAGAAUAACAAAUGAAGCUUUCAGCAUAUUGGUGCUCUCCACGAUGCUUAGCUCGACCAUCAUAAUAGCAACGGUGAGAAAAAUGUAUGACUCUAUGAACAAACGCAGCCCUUACAAGAGAAGACGGGUUCAGAAUGGAAGGGCAGGAGCUCCUCUGAGGAUCCUCGCCUGUUUCCGCAACAGAGAUGUGGUCCCUUCCGUUCUCAACGUCCUGGAACUCUCUCGGCCAGUGAAAGGGCCUCCUCCUCUUUCGGCCUUCACCCUCAACCUGGAGGAGCUUCACAACCACUGUGUCCCUCUUCUCAUCCAUCAUGGCCUCCACAACUUUCCCUAUCUCAUCCCCAACCGUAGAGACCAGAUCGUCAAGGCCUUCCGCAACUACGAGCGCCUCUCCCACGAAACUGUAUGCAUAGAGUGCUUCACUUCAAUGGCUCCGCGUAAGACAAUGCACGAUGAUGUGUGCGCGAUUGCGUACAACAAUGAGACGGAUCUCGUGAUCAUGACAUUGGACCGCGAAGCUGAAACAUGGGAGAGGCUGUUGUGUCGGAACAUCUUAGAGAACUCACCCUGUUCCGUGGCUAUACACAUGGACCGAGGGAGACUUCCGGAUUUCAGAUUCGUCCCCAUCAAGACACUCAGCAUCAAGAUCUGUGCCUUAUUCCUCGGCGGACCUGACGACCGUGAAAUGCUAGCCUAUGCCACUCGCCUCUCCUACCAUCCGAGCGUAAAACUUCUAGUCCUGAGACUCGUCGACUACAUAGGUCUUUCUCCGCUGAGGGAUCUCGAAGAGACAAAACUCGACAUGAGAUCCAUCAACCUAUUCUGCAAGGAGAACGCAGACAGAGAGAACAUCACCUACAAAGAGGCAAGGACAGAGGAGAACUCCGAACUGAUGAAUAUGCUGAGAGAGGAGGGAGAUGAGUACGACCUGAUAAUGGUCGGAAUCAGACACGAAGAGGGUCUGCAGCUGUUGAAGGGAUUAUCGACGUGGAGCGAAAUGGAGGAGUUGGGUGUAAUCGGAGACUUGGUGGUCUCCAGGGAUCUCAAGCUCACGGCCUCUGUUAUAGCUGUUCAUCAAUAAGCUCAAUCACUCCUUUCAUUUGUGGAUUUUUGUACAGUCUCUCCUUUAGAUGUGUUUCUGUGUGAACUGUCGCUGUAUAUUCUGCGAAAAAAUACAACGUGAGUUUCUUCAAGAACAAACACUGGACACAAGAUCUAGUGUCGAGAGUUACAACCACUUG